AUGUGGCUACAUCGUCGAUGUCUCCCCCUUGCUCACCUCGCCAAUUCCCAAGUCGUAGGCUUCAUAUUUUGCUCCUUCGACGGCGAGACCCAAUCCCCGCCCAGAUUCCAACCCGUCUCUGCCGGUGCAUCCCUCACCGAGAAAGCUAUCACCGUAACUCUGGAGCGCGGCCAUGGCUCUCCUCCGCCCCUGUGCUAUGACCACCUCUCUCGCUUCGUCCUCACCGUUACUGAGCCUCCAUCACUGUCCACGGAUCUAACUCCCGCCUUGUCGGCAACGAGAUCUUGUGGCGUAGAACUGCCGCCUCCCCCUCGCGAUCUCACCUUUCGGCGCUGUAAACUCGACCGCUCUGGAAGGGGCACUAGGUCAUCGAAUCUCCGGCGAAGGUCUGAGCAGAAUCCGCCGCGAAGUCCGGUCGGAUUUCUCGCCCACGACCGCGGCUGUCACCGGACACGGAGAGCUCCGAUCUCAGUUCCCCCUCACGAGAUAAGAUCCAACGCUAGGGCUUGA